GUGGCAUCAACAAAAUGUCACUUUCUUAUGUUUUCAAACGUUUUUUUCCUCAAAAUGUUAUUCAAAAGAAACUGUUUGUUUGUAAAAUUUUGUGUACAAAUGCUUUGUCAAAUAAAGUGAAGUUUAUUGGUGGCUUUGAAGAUAUAGAAGAGCUGCAAAAUGCAGACGAAAAUGUUCGUAGAAUUUUUAGUUUUGAAAAUGCAUCUCAGCAAGCCAAGAGAAAAGUUUGGAACAAGCAGUUGAUGAAAAGUUGCAUCACAGCAAAAGAAAAUCAAAUUGCAGUGCAAACAGUUUCUAUUAAAAAUUUGGAGAAGCAUUUGGAGAUGAUGAAAAAUAAGGACAAGCAUAAUAAAGUGUAUCUGCAAUGGCUGAAAGAUCAACGAAUGAAGAAAUUAAAGAGUAUUAAGAAUUCAAAUUUUGAACGCUAUGUAAAACUGAUCAAAGAUCUAGACAUUAAACCAUUAGAGAGCACUCAUAGUAAAUAUGCCAAGUAUAAAUUUCGUCGUUUCAAGAUUGGUGUUGAGAUUAAGAAGAAAAAGUCGCUUGCUGUUAGGAAGACACCUUCGUUGCAAAAGAAAACUUAUUAAUGUUUACAGAGAAAUGUUCAUAACCGUAUUGUUUGUUGACCAGAAAAAUAUCAGGUCCUGUUUUAUCAAUAACCAUAAUGUUAGUGUACCUGAGAAA